AAACUGUGUCCGGAAAUAGGGGGAAAGAUCAUCAUUAGUUGGUAAAACAACUGAUGAGAAUUCAGCUACUGUAUAUAUUUAUAGCUGCUAGAUAUAGUAUGGCUGCAUCUGAGGCUACUACAAGUGUGGAUGAUGGCUGGAGGUACUGCUCUGUGUGCAAGAGGAACCACGAAGAGGGAAGGAAACACAUAUUCACCAAAAAGCAUAUCAGCAAACUGAAAAUACUGAUGGGAAAAUUUCUCAAGAAGGCCCAGGCUGCUCGUCAGUGUGUGUCUUGCCCAGUGGUGCUGGCUGGAGAGCUGGAGCCUGGGGCCAAGGUGUGGUGUCAUUGCUGUGGACUAGAGGUACCCAAACACAUCACCGACGGCAACACCUCCGUCCAGUGGGGUGGUCUAAUUGAGCAUAUGAACAAACCUGACCAUCACAAGAACACUCGUCGGUACUGGUGGGAGGUGGGAGCGGAGACACGUCACCUAGCAACCCUACUCUUGUUCCCUGCCGAGUACGACCGCUAUAAAGUGGGCGUGGCCUCAGCACUGGAGGAGCUGGAGCGGAAGGACGAAGAGAGAGUGAAAAUGCUUGCAGAUGAAGUGAGGACAGCCGAGGAGCAGCAAGCCGUCACUGCCAUGGAGCCUCCAAUCAGCUUCCAAAAGUCCCAUUCCAAAACCAGGAACCAGACUACCAGCACUCGUCCAGUUGCACACUGCUCAAAGUACCAACCACCAGUUGUUGCUACUGAUAGCCGUAAAAGUGGGCGUGGCAAUGUGCACACUGGUGCCACGCCUCCCUGGUUGAGAGAAGACGACGAGGAUGAAGAUGGAGGACUGACUUUUGGACCCUCAGAGGAGGAGUUCAUCAAACACAGAGAGCGACUAAGACAUGUUGGUAAGAACCCACGAAGGGUGGGUGCCGAUUUCCACCUCCAGCUGGCAUUGCAGAGACACAGAGGAAUCAAGGAGGACGAGAACUGGUUACCCUCGUUUGGUAGCGUGUGGAACGCAGGACCACGGUCACACACACAGUCAGAGUUUCGUGAAGAAAUGACCAAAGACAACAAGAGACCAAAACUCCAACCACCAACUCGUACAAGUGGAACUGUCAAUGACUCUUUGUCUAGUAGCAGCGUGCCUUAUUCUGUGUUGAUUACCCCUCACACCGUCACACCAUCACAGCCCGCCCACACACUUCAGUUAGACGACACCAGUGGACAAGUGGUCAAACCUUACACUCGAAAGAGAAAGAUCCACAAAACAUUAUCUACUUCCAAAUCAUAAUCUCUGAUCAUUAAUCUUACAACAUACAUGUACGCACAUAUAAAAUUAUAUAAUAAUCUUUAUUAAAAUUUAA